CGAACCAUCGCUGUCUGUAGGAACACCUAAACUCCAACUCAAAAUAAACAAUAAAUAGAUAAAAGACAGCCACAAAAUGCUCCCUGCAAUCUCAAAGCGACAGAGCUUCGGCGUGAUGCACUUGAAAGACGCUUGGUCAUUGAUCGUGAUGCUCACAUACUACUCAAUGGUGCUGCGUGAUCAGAGGUUCCCGUUCACGUUCGGAUGAAAGAGGUGUCUCGCUAUCUUCAUCUCAUCUUGUAUGGGAUACAAGAGGAAAGGAAAAGGCGUUAUCGGUUGCUUAUCUAAGAAGUGACUUGUUUGCUACGCUCUUUCUCACUUGACAUACUGGUUCCUUCUCUGCAAACUUCUUCAGCACAUCCGCCCCAAACGCUUGGCGUAAGGAAGUUGUACCCACUUUCGCUGUUGAGACUUCCCACCGCAUACGAAAGCAACUGAGAACAAACACCGUAUUUUUAUUGAUUCCCGUUGUGAUGGCAUGCACUCGCUCGCCCUACCAGGUGCUAGGACUUUUGCCAGACUGCACUGGAGAGGACAUCCGACGCGCAUAUCAGCGAAUCCAACUAACCCACCAUCCGGAUAAGACUGGCAAUCUUCCGUUGGACAAACGCAACGACAGCGAGGCCAUCAGCAAAGCCGCGAAUGUAGCAUACGAACUCUUGGGUGAUGAGGCCUCGCGUCAACGCUACGACCGUGCGCACCCUCCGCCCGCGACGAAGCCAUUCUCCGCGACUGCAUCGCGGCACUCGCGGCCAGCUUGGCCAUAUGAUGAAGCUUGGUACACACCGCAACCACGUGAAUCACGAUUCCAUGAAACACCACCUGCCCGCGAAAAAUCACCCCCGUUUCCAACACUCAAUGACGAAUAUGCCGAAUUCUUCCCGUCCAAACAACCCACUCGGAAAAACACUCUCGAUUACAAAAACGCGCGCUGGAACUUCACCAUCAAUAUUAGUCCGCGUUUUCAUUGCGUUGUUCUAGCUCAGAACCACGUCUGGGACGACAUCGACGCCGACCGCAUCCUCAUCUUUGCGAAAAUCGAACAAGCUGCCAACGCUUACGCGCCGUUGUCAACGAAAGACGUCAGUCUUACGGUUACUCUCACGCCGUACGGCCGCCGGGUUACCAAGAUUGAAUCGUACUACAAACAUCGCGUCACCCAGGACGGAACCGAAUGCAUUCUCUGGAUCACGCUCUUCUCAAACAACACCGCCGAGUAUAUGAAAAACUUUUGGCAGUUUGACUGGGAUGUUGAGAUUGGAAGGGAUGCCAAACCACCCAUCGAGACCCCGCAAUACGGCACGAACCUCUUUUUCUACGACCGCGUGUCUUCUCAAGAGACACUCCCGGACAAAGAGUUUCUGAAAGAUCGCGAUAUGGGACCGGCGCGCAGCAUCAAAUUCGUGGAUAUUGCGGACGAAGUCAGUCGUGUCGUCACAUCUGGGUCUGUCUCGAUGCACCGUUUCGCGGCGUUUGGAUACCAGAGCAAGCCCGGUGCGGAUCAGAACAACGAUCAGAAAGUACCUAGGGAUAAUGCUCGUGUCACCACGAAGAAGUACAAGAAGACGGGGAGUGCUUCGCGGAGGGCUAGCGGUUGUUAUCCGUAUGGGAUGUUUGUCUCGUCGGAGGAAUCUAAUCGGCGUUGGCGAGAAAAGGUUGCAAAGUCAAGGGCUGAGCGGGAGAAGAAUCGGCAAAGGGAAUAUUUUAACUAAUCGGCCUGGUGGACACGCUUUUGGGUUCUUCGACGGCAUUGCAGGUGUUUUCUCAUUCGUAUUCUGGUAGUCCCAGUCGUUGGGCACACGAGAUUAGUUCAAUCCCCCGAUUUCUCGCUUUCAGAAUGCCGUUUCAGUAUAAAUGCUCCUCAUUCGCCUGAUUCUCUACCCACCUCCGU